UCCUAGCUGUCAAUAUUUGUCCCGUGUCUGAGAGCAGCAGCGGUGUGUCAGAGGCAGGGGCCGAGCAGCAGCAGCAGCAGCAGCCAUGGAUGACGUCUAUAAAGCAGCGGUUGAGAACUUGACGGAGGAGCAGAAAAAUGAGUUCAAGGCUGCGUUCGACAUCUUCAUCCAGGAUGCAGAGGACGGCUGCAUCAGCACCAAAGAGUUGGGGAAGGUGAUGAGGAUGCUGGGACAGAACCCGACUCCAGAGGAGUUACAGGAGAUGAUCGAUGAGGUGGAUGAGGAUGGCAGCGGUACAGUAGACUUCGAUGAGUUCUUGGUCAUGAUGGUCCGCUGCAUGAAGGAGGAGAGUAAAGGAAAAUCAGAGGAGGAGUUGGCUGAGCUCUUCCGCAUGUUUGACAAGAACGGAGACGGCUACAUAGACUUAGAGGAGCUGAAGGCCAUGCUGGAGUCGACUGGAGAGGCCAUCACAGAAGACGACAUCGAGGAGCUGAUGAAGGACGGAGACAAAAAUAAUGAUGGAAAAAUUGAUUAUGAUGAGUUCCUGGAGUUCAUGAAAGGUGUUGAAUAAAGGAUUCAUCUGGAGGACAAUGACUGCAUCUUCAUCAUCUUCAUCAUCAUCUUCUCUGCUUUUAUAAAACCCACCAACAGAGCUCCAGUCCUCAGCAGACCUCUGUACCGUCAGUUAGCUUAAACUACCCCACCCAUGCACUGAGAGGUUCCCUGAGAGAUCUCAC